AUGAAUAAUCGCUCCAUCGCUUGGUGGCUGAGACAAAUCGGCCUCCCCCAGUACACAAAGACCCUGGAGAGUGAAUAUUAUGGUCUGGAGGGUUUGUUGAAUGUAACAGAUGAAGAACUGAAGGACGCAGGGAUAGAGGAUCCAGCUCACAGAGACACUAUGCUCAGCCAGCUUGCAAGACAUCGACAGACACUCGACCCACGCUCAGGUGUUAAAAAGGAGCGCAGAGUGAGCCGAAAAUAUUCCCUGGGGUCAUCAAUGGACCUGGUGAAGCCAGGAAAGGAUCUGUUUCGCCAGAGCGUUCUUCCCCGCCUCCAGCGUGCGGACAAAAAGCACCGCCUCUCUGCCUCCUGCUCCCAGCUCCGCCCCCUGACAGAGGACAACGCUAUCAGUGACAUAGACCACCACCAGGACAGCAAGCGCAGCAAGAGAAGGAGUGUCAGCGCAUACCUCAGCCAGCUGAAGGUGUUUGGUGGUCGCAGAGAGAUGGAUUCAAUGAAGAAAGAGCUGGAGGAGGAGCUGAAGCUCAGCACUGAUGAUGUGAGGAGCCAUGCAUGGUUCCAUGGACCAAUCAGCAGAGAGUCUGCAGAGGCUCUGUUGGAGAAAGAAGGAGACUUCCUGGUCCGUGAGUCAAGUUCUGCUCCUGGUGACUACGUUUUGAGCUGUUUUUGGAAGAACGAUCCAAUGCACUUUAAGAUCAUACGAGUAGUUCUUCGGCCCAAAAAGGGCUACUCGCGGGAGCUGUUCCAGUUUGAGGAGGAUCGCUUUGACAAUGUUCCUGCUCUGAUCCGGUACUAUGUUGGCGGGCGUCGGCCCAUCUCCCAGGCCUCCCGUGCUGUGAUCUUCCACCCAAUCACACGGACUCUUCCUCUUCGUGUCAUCACUGAGCGACAGGCAAACAGCAAAAGUAACAGGGAGACACAAUCUGAGCGCAACAAAAGACUCAGCUUCAGCUCUACACAUGUUGACACACUGCAGGUCAUCAAUCCACUGCUAAGGUGUGGAAGUCAGCCUGCGAACUUGGAGAAUGUGGGUCGUAGGCCGUCACUUCAGUCAGCACAAUCUGACAGCAAUCUACGAGCAGGUAUUCCACAGAACAGUCCAUCAGAGGACAUUGGCCCCGCUCCCAUCUCCCCAGUAUUUCGUACAGGUAGCGAACCCUUGCUGAGCCCACGGCCACGGCAUACACGGCCAUUGCCUCCAGGAGGUGGUGUGACUUUGCGAGGUUCAGAUGGACAACUACACUCCAGAGCUCCUCCUAAACCUCUCAGAGUCUCUGCUGUCUUCCCCAAUGCGGUCCCCCCUCCACCCACAGACCGAGAUGACGACCCCUCCUCGUUCUAUGAUGAGCUGGUCAUUCAGGUGCCACAGACCCAGCGAAGGGGUCACGUGGAUCGACUGCGUGCAGAAGAGAAGUGGCAGAGUCGGGCACGCCUCACAGAGACUUCCUUUGGCUUCCUGGAGGCGCAGAGCAAUGAGGCGUCGUCCCAGCUGCCGUUUGAGAAACAUCUCCUAAAGGCAGCAGAGGAAGAGGACGACUGGCAUUUUGAGCGACCACAUGUGGAGUCGUCCUCCUGCUUCCAGUUGGAUCAGUUUGAGUCGCUGCUUUUACCGGAGAACAACCGACCUCUGGAAUCCAGCGUCCUGUUGUCACUCAAAGAGCUCUUCAACCGUGCUGAUGCCAACACUACUGCUCUGCACAUGCUCAGUGUUGACUGCCAGGUGGCACGUGUCAUUGGAGUUACACCUGAGCAAAAGAGGAUGAUGGGAGUUGGAUCUGGGCUGGAGCUUAUCACUCUGCCACACGGGCACCAGUUACGACAGGAUCUGUUGGAGAGGCAUCAUCUCUUAGCUCUGGGAGUUGCCGUGGACAUCCUGGGCUGCACAGGGACUGUCAGCCAGAGGGCGACUUGUGUACAUAAAUUAAUCUUAUUGGCUCAGGCUCUUAAAGAACAUGCCCACAACCUGUUCUCCUUCUCCGCCAUGAUGAAAGCUCUAGAAAUGCCUCAGAUAACGCGGCUGGAGAUGACGUGGAGAGCCCUUAGGAGGAACCACACCGAGAGUGCAGUUUUGUUUGAGAAGACACUUAAACCCUUUAUGAACUCACUCAAUGAGGGAGAUGACUCUGUGAUCCAGGGUCCCAUAACCAUCCCACAUCUGGUGCCUCUGCUGAUGGUGAUGGAGGGCGAGGACCCGGUGGAGAACAGUGAGCGAGGCUGUCAGCUCCUCUACAAUGUCCUCCAAUCAGCUCGCAGUGUUGCACUCCACGCCAAAGAAUAUCAGCAGCAUGCACACUCUCUGCUCACAGGAGGCUGGGAGCCGAUUCCUGAGCUGCUCGAGGCUUUCCGGACAGAGUUUGCACUGCGGCUCUUCUGGGGUCAAUCUGGGGCAGAGGCGGACCAGAAGGAGCGCUACGAGAAGUUCGACAAGAUUCUUUGUGUCCUGUCAGAUAAACUGGAACCUGUUGAAAUAACCCCACAACAACCUGACCCUUGAACCUGAGCCUCAGGGCAUGUUCUGCUUAGAGAACAGUGAAAUCAGCACUUUCUGUGAGAGGAAAAUGCAAAACUAAGAAGUAGGAUGUGGUGUGUUGUGGUGGCCUCAAACAUAAAGGGAGAAGUUGUGCUUCUCUGUAUUAGCAGAGAUUUCAGUGACUGUUCCCAGAAGUCAACAGACAACACAUACACAAAAUGGAAUUACAUCUUGAACGUGUAGGUGUCCUUGACUGUGAAAAGGACUGUCAUACAUUUUCCGUCUUCAGGAAAUUAGGAAUUGUUUACCUUAAACCUUUGUUUGCAUCUGUUUACUUCUCCAUAUGUGCAUUGUUGACAUUGUUUUGUAAAUCCACAUCAUUUAUACUUGACAUUCCAAAUCCGGCAAAAACAUUUUUGUUCCAUAAACUACUGCUGUUGGGCCACACUGGAAACUGUGUUUCCUUUCAGUGUUUCUGAUGUAAUAAAUAAAUAAAUGUGUUUGUUUUGUGUUUGCAGUUUCUCUUCUAAUCACUAUCUUGAAGAAACAAUGUAGACAGGAAAUUGUAUUUUUUAACAUUUAUGACUCAAAUUAUACAUGUAAAUACAGACAUUUUAAAAACAAAAUGGAAAAUACAUUAAUACCCUUUAAAGAAAAAAUUGACUAGUGCAGGACAGAAGGGUAGAAAAAUACAUGGGUAAACCUUAUUUGGCUCUAUGCAGAGUGAGACAAACUAUCACAUUUUACCUUUUUUUUUUAUAACAUGAAAUACUGCAGUGAGGAGCGAACUCAAAACACAUUUCUGAUGGUUCUAAACUGUUCUGUUGUGGUUUAUUUUGAUGAGCUCCUCAUUUAAGAUUUCAAGAGAAACCAAUAAAAAUUUAAAACAGCUAUAAUUUCAUAAGAUUUGAGGAAUACAUCAGCAAGAUUCAGAAGCUCUGAUACUUGGAAAGUGGAAACAUGAGUAAACCAUAUAAAAAAAAUUCAAACAAGAAACAAAGGAAGAAGACCAGUUAUAACAGAUGUAAACUGUAGAUACACUUACAGCUCUGCCACUUUUGUCCCAAGUUGGAGGUCAAAAGUGAAAGUUAUUCACUGGCUUCAUAACACGGACAAGUAGGCUAUUUGUCCCAGUGAGAAAACUGCAUUUGUAUUUUCAUAUUCCAAAAGCUUUGGUCAUUUGUGCUUUCUGUUGUCCAUCCUGUUAAAAACCUAAAGGAAAUUUUGAAAGCAAGUUUUCUUGCAAGUAUUCGCUGUAGUAGAAAAGCUAUUACACAUUGAGUACAUUAACAGUCCACUUAGGGAUAUUAUAUUUUGUGCACUCUACAUAGAGUAGUGGUUUUCAUCCAGUUUUUAAGUCAUAAAACAUCACAUCUCUAUGGUUAAAAAAAAUAAA